AUGCCUCCAGCUCCUCCUCCUGCAUCGUUUGGACCUCUCUCUGGUGCGCAUCCUGAGUACCGGGGGAUCUACAAAACCGCUGCUUUGGAGAAAGUGAAACAAAACAUCAAACUCUUUCUGUUACAACACACCAAAAACCCAGGACCGCAGAAACCUCACAAGCCUGACCAUCCUGAAUCUAGACCCCAACUUUGUUUCGGGGGUGGAUCCCAUCGCGCUAAUGCUGGACGGUGGCUUCAAGUUUGCCAGAAGCAAUCGUGCUAUAUGCAUCAACGACCGCGGUUUGUUACCGAACCUUUAUCACCAGAGGUUUUGUCUGGACUUGAUGCCCUGUUUGCCAUUCAAGAUGAAAUUCAUGCGUAUAUGCCACGUACCAUGACAUCAGCUAACAACCCAGUUGCUCGACCAUGUGUUGCUUCACCAUCAUCUUCCUUGCCCCCUUCGUCUGCACCCAGCGCGUCCCCUGCCUUGUCCCCUUCGCCUGCGCUUAGCUCGUCUCCUUGUAGGCGCAAUAGGGCUGUACCGGCUGUUUUCUCCACACCCACAUCACAACCCUCUUCCUCCAAGCGUCGUCUGUCGCCACCGCCUUUUGCAUCAACUUCACAAGCUUCAUCCUCCAAGCGUCGUCUGUCGCCACCGCCUUUCACACCAACUUCGCAAGCUUCAUCCUCCAAGCGUCCUCUUUUGCCAUUGCCUGAGCCUGACUGUGUUUCCCCUUUCAAACGACGUAAAAUUCUUGAUGUAUUGGAUGAGCUACCACCACCUAACGUGCCUCAAGGUAUAGACGAGGCGGAAAUACGGCGCCGAAUCAAUAUCUUGCUUGAUGCCCUUGAACCUGCGGCUGCGCCAACUAGCCCCCCAGUAGCACCUCCUGCACGGUCUCCCUCCACGCCUGAAGCAGUAGACGAGGCAGAGAUAUUUGACCUUACUCGACCGGAUCAUAGUCAAUUUGAAGAAACCCUUUACCCGCGCCAUGAUGGUCGCCUCUGUCUGAACGACUACAAGCUUCUUCUAGGACGCCAGGGGUUUGAACAAGGUUUAUACAUUGAGUAUUUUUGCUUCAACACAGAUGAAUGGACCCCUUGUCUGUGGGCCACCCGGCACCUGAUCUCAGGCCACGAUCAAAUUUUGCGAUUCCGUUAUGCAUAG